AUGGCAGGAGGCAAGCUGCAGGACAGGUUGCAGGCGGAGGAGGACGUGCGUGUGGGCGUGGACCGUUUCCCCGAGCGGCAGCCCAUCGGCACGGCGGCGGACGAGCUGGGCCGCGACUACAGCGAGCCUCCGCCGGCGCCGCUGUUCGAGGCGUCGGAGCUCUCGUCGUGGUCCUUCUACCGCGCCGGCAUCGCCGAGUUCGUGGCCACGUUCCUCUUCCUCUACGUGACGGUGCUGACGGUGAUGGGCGUGAGCAAGUCGUCCCCCUCCAAGUGCGGCACCGUGGGCAUCCAGGGCAUCGCGUGGGCGUUCGGCGGCAUGAUCUUCGCGCUCGUCUACUGCACCGCGGGCGUCUCAGGGGGCCACAUCAACCCGGCCGUCACCUUCGGGCUCCUCCUGGCCAGGAAGCUGUCGCUGACGCGGGCCGUCUACUACGUGGUGAUGCAGUGCCUGGGCGCCGUCUGCGGCGCCGGCAUCGUGAAGGCGUUGGUCGGGCGCGCGCUGUACGAGUCCGCGGGCGGCGGCGCCAAUGCCGUCGGCCCCGGGUACACCAAGGGCGACGGCCUCGGCGCCGAGAUCGUCGGCACGUUCGUGCUCGUGUACACCGUCUUCUCCGCCACCGACGCCAAGCGCAGCGCGAGGGACUCCCACGUCCCCGUGCUGGCCCCGCUGCCCAUCGGCUUCGCCGUCUUCCUGGUGCACCUCGCCACCAUCCCGAUCACCGGCACCGGGAUCAACCCCGCCAGGAGCCUCGGCGCCGCCAUCAUCUACGACAGCCCGCACGGGUGGCACGGCCACUGGAUCUUCUGGGUGGGCCCGUUCACCGGAGCGGCGCUUGCGGCGGUGUACCACCAGGUCGUCAUCAGGGCCAUCCCCUUCAAGUCCAGCGCUCCCUACUAG